UGUAUUGGGGCUACCACCCUUGAUGAAUACAGAAAGCACAUUGAGAAAGACCCAGCUCUGGAGAGACGAUUCCAGCCAGUUAAAGUCCCGGAACCCACUGUGGAUGAAACAAUACAGAUUUUGAAAGGGCUUCGAGAGAGAUAUGAGAUUCACCACAAGCUCCGCUACACCGAUGAAGCCUUAGUUUCUGCAGCCCAGCUGUCCUACCAGUAUAUCAGGUAA